AUGCCGAAAACCGUUCAUUCCAAACGGGCCUUGAAAGGCAACUCAAGCCCCCUAGCCAACUCCGGGAAAAAGUCGAGCAAGUCAGUAUCACUCGGUCAAUUGAGCUCAGAUCGGAAACGGAGGGCUUCUUCAUCAACCGUCUCCAGCCUUUCUUCGGUCACGUCAAUGGAAGGCCUGAGCGAUGAGGAUGAAGACGCGAAUGAUUCAGAAGAUGCAGAUGAUGAAGAUGAUCAACCGAUUCUUCUUACCUCGUCAUAUGUGAAUAGAUCUCAUAAGGCGAAACGUGCGAAGACAAAAGCUGUACCGGACGAUGACAGCGAACAUGAACUUAGUGACGGGCCCGACUUGGAAGACAGCUCUGAUGAUGUCUAUGCUGCCGUUGAUUAUAUCAGUGAUGGCGACGACGAGGAACAAGAUGUUGAGAUACUUGAAGAACUCAUGAUUUUAGAAUCAGAAGAUGAGCACGAUUUAUCGAGCGGGCCUAAUAAUGGUGUUGGAAACGCUCAUGACUGGGCUGGCCCCAAUGUUUUCGAUGACGACAUGUUAUUUUCCGGGGCACCAUUUUUCGACGAGCAGCAGUUAUACAGUGCCAUGGAGGCCUUUGGGGAAACUGAUGUGGCAAGCGAGACUGCAGUGGAGACGCCUGUGCCCCGUCGGGUGCAUUUCGAGGAAGACUCCGAUUCCUCAUCCGACAGCGACUCAUACACCGAGGACGAAGUCCCCAGUGAUUUCCUCCAACAGGACAGUCUCGACCCGCAAUUGCGUCGCAUGAUUGAAAGUGACAACAAUGAGGUCAGCCGUCGUUCGUCUCGCCGACAGUCUGAUGAGAUAUACGGAGACUCGGACUAUGGACAUUCCAAUAUCUACCACGUCGAGUCCGACGGUGCCGCUUCCGAGGGGGCCUCGAGUGGCUAUGAGACCGAUGAUGGCGAGACUACAGAUGAAGACCUCCCACCUCCAGCAACCAUCACUCACCCACGAUCUAUUCUCCGUCGCGAUUCCUCUGCUUCUUUGGUUGGCGGAGUUGAAGAGAAAGCCGAGCCUACAAACCGCCGAAGGAGAGGGCCCAUCAUGGGCACCUUUGUUGCUGACCCACACAAGCCGGUUGCCCUAGUUGAUUGCAGUGGCAAACAUCUUGUAAUCAUUCCCGCGUAUGCAUCCUCUCGACAUGACUGGCUCGAAUCUACCGCUACCAGCGCCUGUGGAACCGCAAACAACAGCCCACGGGCAACUACCAUGCACCUUAUUGAUGAGAGCGAUACUGACGCUCUUGUGUCUCCAAACGUGGAUCUCAGCCCUAUGCUAGCAUCUAGUGCCAAUCUGAUGAUGACUGCUCUGGGUAAUGAUAUUGCUCCUGGUGGUCAGGUUAUGGGUCCUCCAGAGGCGUUUUAUCCGGCUCGCGAUUUCGCCAUUGACAGUUCCUUUGAAGAGGAUGACGAAGAGGAUGACCCGGAAGCUCAAUUGAAUGUAGAUGAUUUUAUUGACUUUGGAGAUGGCUCAUCAGAUGAAGAGCUUGACAAAGAAUUUGACGAAGAAGCUCUGGCAUCCCCGAUGACGGUGGCGGCCCGGGGUAGCACAAACGGCACACCUACCCCCAAUCGCGUAGCAGACCCCCACCAAAACAACAGCGCAGAGCGAUUUUUGAAUCACCUUGAUCAGGGCAUUGUUACUGCUUUCCGUCAAAAUCACAACCGAUACCAAGCACUGUUGCGACUCCCGCAACACCGAGAAUUCAUGCCGGCCAAUUCCCCCUCCCGACCGGCCAGUGUGUUUCGACACGCCCGACAUGCAGACCAGCGUACCCCUACGAGAAAACGCAAGGCUAGCUAUGCGGGCGGGGAAGCAGUGCGGCGAAAGCUUAUGAACGCUCAACGGCAGAGUCAGGUACCGUUUUAG